GGGACCGUAUAGGAAAUAUAAAGGAAUGUCACACCGGGUCAACUGCAAUACCAUUUGUAAAAGUUUCUUUCUGUUACUGUUUUCAUUUAUGUUAUUGUUUCAUUUAACAAAAACCUCAUCACUAUUCUUCUCAACUCCCAUAGCUAUGCAAUCACCUUCCUCUUAUUUCUCUUGUAAUUUCACCUAUGAUGUCUUCCUCAGUUUCACAGGUGCAGAUACUCGCUUUGGUUUUACCGGCAAUCUCUACAAAGCUCUAACUGACAAGAAAAUUCGCACCUUCAUUGAUGACAAAGAGCUUCAAAGAGGGGACGAAAUCACACCCUCACUUGUGAAGGCAAUUCAAGAAUCUAGGAUAGCCAUUCCUAUUUUCUCUACCAAUUAUGCUUCUUCUUCGUUUUGCUUAGAUGAACUUGUGCAUAUAGUUGAGUGUGUCAAGAGGAAGGGUCGUCUCGUUUUGCCUAUUUUCUAUGAUGUGGAUCCUUCUCAUGUGCGACAUCAGACUGGGAGUUAUGGUAAAGGAAUGACUGAUCUUGAAGAGAGGUUCAAAAAUAACAAAGAGAAGCUCCAAAAAUGGAAGAUGGCUCUUAAUCAAGUUGCUAACUUGGCUGGAUAUCAUUUCAAACUUGGGAAUGAAUAUGAAUACGAGUUUAUUGUGAAGAUAGUCAAAGAAGUUUCCAACAAGACUGAGCGUGUCCCUCUUCAUGUUGCGGAUUACCCUGUUGGAAUCGAAUAUCGAUUGCUAAAAGUAAAGUCGUAUCUUUUAGAUACAAAAUUUGACGAUCGAGUCCAGAUGGUGGGGAUUUAUGGAAUUGGCGGAUUGGGUAAAACAACACUUGCUCGAGCAAUUUAUAAUAUGAUUGGUGAUAAAUUUGAAUGCUUGUGUUUUCUUCAUGACUUGAGAGAAAGUUCAGCUAAACAUGGCUUAGAACAUCUCCAACAGAAGCUUCUUUCCAAAACAGUUGAAUUGGACACUAAGCUAGGAGAUGUUAACGAAGGAAUUCCAAUAAUAAAGCAAAGGCUAGGACGAAAGAAAGUACUUUUGAUUCUUGACGACGUUGACAACAUGAGGCAAUUGCAAGUUAUGGCGGGAGGACUUGAUUGGUUUGGUCCUGGCAGCAUAGUGAUCAUUACCACUCGAGACCAACAUUUGCUAACAAGUCAUGGGAUUCAUAGAAAAUAUCAAGUAGAUGCGCUAAAUAGGAUAGAAUCCCUUGAAUUAUUUAGGUGGAAAGCUUUUAAAGAUAGUAUAGGUGAUUCAAGAUAUGAUGACAUUUUAGACCGUGCAAUAGCUUAUGCUUCUGGCCUUCCGUUGGUUUUAGAAUUAGUAGGUCCCGCGUUGUUUGGAAAGAAUAUAGAAGAAUGGAAAUCUAUAUUAGAUAGAUAUGAAAGGAUUCCUAAUAAAGAGAUCCAAAAUAUACUUAAAAUAAGUUUUGAUGCUUUGGAGGAAGAUGAACAAGGUGUUUUUCUCGACAUUGCUUGUUGCUUCAAAGGGUAUGAUUUGGGAGAGGUCAAAGAUAUUCUUUGUGCUCAUCAUGGUCAAAGCAUAGAAUAUCAUAUUGGAGUGUUGGUCGAAAAAACUCUCAUACAGAUUAUUCAUUUGGGUACGGAUGCUGUUGUGACAUUACAUGACUUGAUAGAAGACAUGGGUAAAGAAAUUGUACGACAAGAAUCACCGAAAGAGCCUGGAAAGCGUAGUAGGUUGUGGUUCUAUGAAGAUAUAGUUCAAGUCUUAGAAGAAAAUUCGGGAACAAGUCAAAUUGAAAUUAUAUAUUUGAAAUUCCCAUUAUUUGAGGAGGAAGAGGAGAUGGAGGAAGAGGUAGAAUGGAAAGGAGAUGAAUUGAAGAAGAUGAAAAACCUCAAAACACUUAUUAUAGAAAAUGGUCGCUUUUCUAGAGCUCCUGAACAACUUCCAAACAGUUUAAGAGUCUUGGAAUGGCCUGGAUAUCCUUCACAGUAUUUGCCACAUGAUUUUUGUCCAAAGAAACUUUCUAUAUGCAAGCUACCUGGAAAUGGCUUUACAUCAUUUGAGUUGUCUAGCUCAUUAAAAAAGAGGUUUGUACAUUUGAAAAAGUUAAAUUUAGACAACUCUGAAUGUCUAACACAGAUAUUGGACGUAUCUGGUCUCAAAAAUUUAGUGGAAUUUUCAUUUCGAAAAUGUGAGAAUUUAGUCACAAUUCAUGAUUCUAUUGGAUUCCUUAAUAAGCUGAAAAUAUUGGAUGCUUAUGGUUGCAGCAAUCUAAAGAGUUUUCCACCCUUAAAGUUGACAUCUCUAGAAGCAUUGGGGCUUUCAUAUUGUAAUAGUCUUGAGAGAUUUCCAGAAAUAUUAGGAAAGAUGGAGAAUAUAACUGACAUGUUUUGUGUGGGAACUUCCAUAAAAGAAUUGCCAUUUUCAUUUCAAAAUCUCACUCGGCUUGAAAAGUUACGACUAUGGGGAGAUGGAAAGCAAAUUCUACAAAGUAGCAUUCUCACGAUGCCAAAAUUAUUGACUGAUGCUUCAGGUUGUCUAUUUCCAAAACAAAAUGCUGAACUGAGCUCCAUAGUGCCUUCAGAUGUACGAAUACUUGGACUCCCAAAAUGUAACCCGUCAGAUGAUUUUCUUCCAAUAAUUCUAACAUGGUUUGCUAAUGUGGAACAUUUAGAUCUGUCAUGGAACAAUUUCACAGUUCUUCCGAAAUGUCUUGAACAAUGUUGUCUUUUAAGUUUGCUUAAUGUCAACAGUUGCAAGUAUCUUCGAGAAAUUCAAGGGGUUCCUCCAAAAUUAAAACGUUUGUCCGCAUUGCACUGCAAAUCUUUGACAUCCAUGUCUAGACGCAUGCUACUGAAUCAGGAACUACAUGAGUAUGGAGGUGCUGAGUUUAUUUUUACAAGAAGUACAAGGUUUCCAGAGUGGUUUGAGCACCAAAAUAGGGGGCCAUCAAUAUCUUUUUGGUUUCGUAACAAGCUCCCCACCAUAACCCUCUUCGUUGUUUGUAAAUCAAUGUGGGGUAACGACGCAGACUCAACACAUAACCAAGGCCACUAUAAUGAACUCAUUCCAUUGAAUGUCCAACUGUUCAUCAAUGGCUAUGAAUACGGAUUUUGCAAUCUCGAGGUAAAGCAGUACCAUAGGCAUGUGUUUGAUUUGCAACUGCAUGACAAGAGUCUCAAAUCUAUACUGGACAAAGAUGGAAAUGUUUUAAAAAAUGAAUGGCUCCAUGCAGAGGUUAGGUAUGCAGGUUCAAAGAUGAAAUCAAUUCGUAUAAAAAGCGGAAUCAAUGUACUCAAUCACAAAAGUAGCUUGGAGGAUAUUCAAUUCACUGAUCCUUCCUUGUAAAAGAGAAAAAUAGUUGAUGGUGAUGAUGAUGAAGAUGAUGAUCAACAUUCUGAAUAUUCCAUUCAACCACAAAACCAACUCUUGGUGAAAAUACAUAGGUUUUUUUUUCCACACACUUUGUGCUUGUAUUAUACUUGUUUCACCCCAAUGCACAGGUCAAUUUUACACACAACCACUUGCAAAAAUUCUGUAUAUUAAAUGAAUGAUGUAACUGACUUUAUUUAUUGGUAUAUAUUGAGAAGGAUCCCCUUUCCUUUUCCUUGA